CGGCGCAAAGUUCAGUAUGUCUCAGGAAAAAAUUCUGCUUGCCUACUCUGGAGGCCUUGACACAAGCUGUAUUCUGAAAUGGUUACUGGAAAAAGGUUACGAAGUGAUCUGCUUCAUGGCUGACGUUGGUCAGGAGGAAGACUUCACGGCGGCACGGGAAAAGGCCCUUCGUAUCGGUGCCAAAGAUGUGAUCAUCAAGGAUAUGAAAGAAACGUUUGUGGAAAAGUUCGUUUGGCCGGCGCUUCAGAUGGGAUUAAUCUACGAGGACCGGUAUCUGCUGGGUACGUCACUAGCGAGGCCUUGCAUAUCAAUUGGCCUGAUAGAAUCUGCUGCCCAAAAAGGCUGUACGAUCAUUUCCCAUGGUGCCACCGGAAAAGGAAACGACCAAAUCAGGUUUGAGCUCAGCUGUUACGCAUUGAGCCCGAAAAUCAAAGUGAUCGCUCCCUGGCGUCUACCAGAGUUCUGUGAACGUUUCCAAGGUCGUCAGGAUUUGUUAGAAUACGCCAAAAAGAACGGUAUUCCAGUAAGUGCCACACCAAAAUCUCCCUGGUCGAUGGAUGCAAAUAUUAUGCAUAUUAGCUAUGAGUCUGGCAUUUUGGAGGAUCCAUCGGUGGCCGCCCCCGAAGAAUUGUUCCAAAUGACAACGUCUCCUUUGAAGGGUUCGGAUAGUCCGACUACAGUGGAAAUUGUGUUCAAGGAAGGAAUCCCGAUACGAGUGACAGAGCUGAUUAGUGGAAAAACUAUGGAGGAACCAUUCGAUAUCCUGACGUUUUUGAAUAAAAUUGGAGGAGAACAUGGCGUUGGACGAAUCGAUUUGGUAGAGAAUCGAUUCCUCGGUCUAAAAUCACGAGGAGUUUAUGAAACCCCCGGUGCUUCAAUACUGUAUGUGGCUCACAAAGAUUUGGAAGUGUAUUGCUUAGAUCGGGAGAUAUUCCGAGUCAAAUCAUUCCUGGCACUCAAAAUGGCUGAUUAUGUGUAUAAUGGAUUUUGGUACUCGCCAGAAGCGGAAUAUGUUCGAUCUUGUCUUGUUGCAUCUCAACGGAACGUGGCUGGAAAAGUAGUCCUAGAAGUAUACAAAGGACAUGCAAUUGCCAUCUCCAGGGAAUCUAUCACAAGCGUAUACAAUCAGGAAUUGGCUUCGAUGGAUGUUCAUGGAACUCUGUCGCCGUAUGCUGCUAGUGGCUUUAUUGAGGUUAAUGCAAUGAGAUUGAAGGAACAUCACCGAGUAUUCGGGAGUGCUAAUACCAAAUAAAAGUGACAACUCUAUUGAACUAGCUCAUACUACGCAAUAAACCGGUGAACUAUCUUCAAAAAUAAAAUAGAUUACUUGACUUUGCUCUUGCUUGCGUAAUGCAAACAAAAUCGCCCUAUCAUUGAGGCUCUUUACAAAGGGUUUUUCAACCGAACAUCGACGAAUACGAAGGCUGUACAUCGGCGAAAAAAAACAACAUUUUAUCCACAUCACCCCCUCACACAUAUUGGCACUAGUCCGGAACCUCCCAUCAGUUUGAACAAGCCUCCGGGCACUCUUGUCCUUCAGCGUUCAAUGUUGGCACUGUCCUGCCUGUACUCCGCCCCAGGAGAGUUUUUAUUUCCAUCGUUCCAUCGCAUGCAAUGACUGUGUUGUUGGUCCCCGUCCAAAGGACGGCAGCCGUUUAAGAGGCGUGUAGUGUCCAGACCCUUUUGCUGGAAGUCACUGGACAGACUGGUCAUACGUAGUGCUGCAAUGCUUACCGAUGCUACACAAAAACCAAUUUCAAGUAGUCCAACGAGCCCGUUUUGCGUGGCGUGAACGAAGUAACGGUAGAGUAGAACCAAAAGUACAUCAAAUAAAUCGAGAUUGGGCGGUAAUUUACAUUUCCGCCGGUA